AUGACCAUCCUGUCCUCCCGCCUGAUCGGCAACGCCGGCACCCAGGGCGGCGGCGUCUACGCCGGCCAGGACGUCGCCCUCCUGGCCCUCUCCUCCACGUUCGCAUCCAACAGCGCCGCCGACGGCGGCGGCCUGCAGUGCGAGGAGUGCCAGGCGGUGGCCGCCCGCGCGCUCACCUUCUUCAACAACACGGCGCGAUCCGGCGGUGGAGCAUCCCUGGUCGGCUGCGCGGGAGGGGCCACUUUUAACGGAUCGCGGUUUCUGAACAACACUGCGUUUGACAACGGGGGAGGGGCGAGGCAUGUUGAGUGCAGCCUGGAGGGGGGCGGCGGGCUGUGCGUGGUCACGGGGCCGGGCAACGUCACCCUGAGGGCGUGUUCCCUGGGCGGGAACGCCGCGGGCAACGGUGGCGGGUUGUUUGCGCGGCACGACUGUGAGUUCGCGGAGGGGGAGCCGUGCGGGCGGGUGCUGCUGACGGGCGGGACGGCCUUCGAGGGCAACGUGGCCCGAUCGGGAGGCGGGGGGGCGCUGCACUGGAAGGACGCCACCGGGCUGGCCGUGCGAUGCUCGCCAUCCGCGGCGGUGUACGCCGAUGGGCAAGGCAACUCAACGGGGGUGCCCCUGGGAUGCGCAUCGUGGCAGGGGAACAGGGCCACUCAAGGGGGGUACGGGGACGUUUCGGCCACGGGCGCGCACGCCCUGGGCCUGGAGUCCCCCGCGGCGGUGUUCAACUACAGCAGCGACACGCCCAUCCCGGCGCUGUUGACGAUCGAGGACUACUACGGGCAGGUGGUGAGCGGCGGGCUGCCGGAGGCCACGACGCUGAUACGGGUGGAGACGGCGGACGCGGCGCAGCUGGAGGGGCAGACGUCGCUGCCCACGGUGCGCGGGAGGGCGGAGUUCACUGGCCUGACGAUGAAGGCAAGACAAGGGUCGUACACCCUGAGGUUCCUGGCCGACGACCUGGCACUGGACGCCAUGCCAGUCACAGUCUCGGUGCGGCGCUGUGCACGGGGGGAGGUCAGGAACGAGGAAGGCGAUAAGUGCACGACCUGCGGGUACAACACCUUCAGCUUCAAUCCCGACAACCAUACUUGCGACGAGUGCCCCAGGCACGCGCAAUGCCCCGACCUGACCGCAGGCAACAUACUGAUCCCGGAUGACGGCUACUGGCACUCCCAUCCGAACAGCCCGCAGGUUGGCGUGACUCUGUGA